AUGAAUGAAAAUUUAGAAGAAUCUACGAUUGAAAGCAAACAUAAGCCAAUUAUGUUUAUGGGAAGAGAUGUAACACAGAUUCCAUGUUUUCGUAAAUCGUUAAUUUUUGGAAUUUGUGGUGGAAUAACAAUAGGAUUAGGUACUUUUUUAUAUACUAGUAAACCCGCUUUUAGUUCCCAUGUUUGUUUCGGAUCUAUUUGGGCCUGUGUUUUUCUCUAUUGGUAA